AUGACCGGAGUGAGUUUUUUUAUAAUUAUUUUUCACUAGCUUUCCUAGUUUCGGGUUGUUAUUAUUGAAAUUUCGCUGGUAAAAAGGCAGAAAGUUUUAGGCCCGAUGUAGAAAUUUCUCGAAUAAAUUUUAAAUGAUGAAUUAUUUGUUUUUUAGAAACUGUAUGGAAACAAGGACAACUUCAGAACCCAGAAGGUUCUGAUCGCGGCCAAGCUUGCCAAGAAGGAGGUUACCCUCGCGGGAGACGUUCCACCAGCUGACAAGUUCCCACUCGGAGUUGUACGUUUUUGAUUUAUUUUGAUGUUAGUCUGAAGACGUUAGAACUAUCAAAGUUCAGUCUUUCAGACCCCAGCUUUCGAGGGAGACGCUCUUCUCUUCGGAGCUGAGUCUGUUGCUCUUCACCUGACCGGAGCCUCCGCCAACGCCGAGACCGUCCAAUGGCUUCAGUUCGCCGAGGGAUACCUUCUCCCAGCCGUUCUCGGAUACGUCCUUCCAUCUGUUUCGGCCGUCAACUACGACAAGAAGACUGUCGAGCAGUUCAAGAAUGAGCUCUUCGGACAGCUCCAGGUUCUCGAGCGCGUUCUCGUCAAGAAAACCUACUUGGUUGGAGAGCGUCUUUCUCUCGCUGACGUGUCGGUCGCCCUCGACCUUCUCCCAGCUUUCCAGGUAAACCUCAUCUCUUUACUACUUACGAAAUUUCUUCCGUUUUCAGUAUGUUCUUGACCCCGCCGCCAGAAAGACCUUCGUCAACGUGACCCGUUGGUUCAGAACCAUUGUCAACCAGACUGCCGCCAAGGAGGUCCUCGGAGAGGUCACCCUCGCCACCUCCGUUGCCCAGUUCAACCGUGAGUUUAUUUCUGAAAGAUUUAAAAGUUUCACUGCGAAGUCAGCAGGCUAACCAGUCGGAUAGCAGGCGUUACAGUGGUGGUAAACUAAUAAUUAUGCAUAGCGGACUUGGUUUGAAACAGUUUUUGCUUCAUCCUUGAUCGUCGCAUUUUUCAUGGGACUGAGAGUUGGAGAUUUUGCACUGCAUGAUAAAAGGCUUUGUGCCGCAGUAAAUUCGAAGUCACCUUAGUUUUUGUCCCACACAUUACAUUCUCUGACUCGACAAAAAUCGUACUUUUUUCACACCAAUUGUUUAAUUUAUUUCUUGUUUUUCAGAGGCCAAGUUCACCGAGUUGACCGCUAAGCUCUCGAAGUCUGCCCCGAAGGCUGAGAAGCCAAAGAAGGAAGAGAAGAAGCCAGCUGCUGCUGCUGUCCAGGAUGACGAUGAUGAGCCGAAAGAGAAGGAAUCCAAGGACCCCUUCGCCGAUCUGCCGAAGGGAACCUUCGUCCUUGACAACUUCAAGAGAUCCUACUCCAACGAAGAUACCGCCACUAAGGCCAUCCCUCACUUCUGGGAGAACUUCGACGCUGAGAACUGGUCGAUCUGGAAGUGCGAGUACAAGUACCCAGAGGAUCUCACUCUCACCUUCAUGAGCUGCAACCUCAUCAACGGAAUGUACCAAAGACUGGAGAAGCUGAAGAAGAACGCCUUCGCCUCCAUGAUUCUCUUCGGAACUGACAACAACUCUACUAUCUCCGGAAUCUGGGUGUGGAAGGGAGACAAGCUCGCUUUCGAGCUCAGCUCGGACUGGCAGGUUGGUACAUUUCUGAAUAGCGUUUAGUUUUGCGAAGAGUAGUCAUUUGUAUAAGUGUCUGAUUUAUACAGAGUUACACUUUUCGAAGAUAAGUGCUUCUUCUCGUUGGAGUUGUUUUAUUAGUAGGCAAUUACCUCUAUACUGAAAGCUACAAUUUCAUUUAAGAACUUUGUUCAAAAUAUAUAAUUUCAGGUCGACUACGAGUCUUACACCUGGACGAAGCUUGACGCCAAGUCCGAGGCCACCAAAAAGGAGGUCAACGAGUACCUUCUCUGGGAGGGAGACUUCGGAGGAAAGAAGUUCAACCAAGGAAAGAUCUUCAAGUAA